CUCACUGCAGUGGCUCAGGCUUCAGCAGCCUUGGAGAAGCAUCAGCUGAGAGGAGCUAUCACAUGGGAACUGGGAGCUGCUCAGCAAAGCCACUGUGGAAGGGCACCAUCAAGUGAGGCAUGGCACGGUGGGCUAGAAGAGUACUGGCCCGGGAGCCAGACCGCCUGGGGUCCUACCCAGACCCUGCCACUUACUAGCUUUGUGACCUUCGAUGCCUUUAUGAGGAAACUGACGUUCAGAAGAGUCACUGAGUUAGUAAUUCCCAGACCUGGGACUGGAAGCCAAAUCUUGUGCUCUGUCUGCUCCCCAAUAGCUCCUACCAUUCUGAGGAAACCAGAAAUCAGGAAAUUUACAUAAGCAACCUGAAAACUGGGGCACUGUCCAGAGCUCAUCAGGACCCUGGGAAAGGGGAACAGAGGAUUUAGAAUCUCUGGAUAACAGUCCUUGAAAGGGGAGAAGGGUAUGGACAACAGAGGAAAGGAAGUGGGAAAGAAGGCACCAAGGCUCCCUCAGCCUGCGUCUUCUCAGUCACCAAGGCAGACCUGGAACUACCUCCUCUCAGAGAGAUGGGCUCCUGAGCCCUCAGCUCCUGGCCUGGCACUCUGUACCAGCAGCCCAGCCUCGGAGGCUGACAAUAAGAACCUGCCUGCGAGAUAGACUCCCACAGGAGGCACCCUGUCCCCCGACCCCCACGCAUAGCAUUGGGAAGCCUGGGCCUGGGCUUGCCAUCCCAGGGUCACUGGACUAGGAUGGGGGAUGGGCCUGUGACAGGAGGUGCCCUGGGUGUCCUCUUUCGGCCCCAUGGAGUCCUCACCCAUCCCCCAGUCAUCAGGGAACUCUUCCACUCUGGGGAGGGUCCCCCAAACCCCAGGUCCCUCUACUGCCAGUGGGGUCCCGGAGGUGGGGCUGCGGGACGUGGCUUCAGAAUCGGUGGCCCUCUUCUUUAUGCUCCUGCUGGACUUGACCGCUGUGGCCGGCAAUGCUGCUGUGAUGGCUGUUAUCGCCAAGACACCUGCUCUCCGAAAAUUUGUCUUCGUCUUCCACCUCUGCCUGGUGGACCUGCUGGCUGCCCUGACCCUCAUGCCGCUGGCCAUGCUUUCCAGCUCUGCCCUCUUUGACCAUGACCUCUUUGGGGAGGUCACCUGCCGCCUCUACUUGUUCCUGAGUGUAUGCUUUGUCAGCCUAGCCAUUCUCUCAGUGUCGGCCAUCAAUGUGGAGCGCUACUAUUAUGUGGUCCACCCCAUGCGCUAUGAGGUGCGCAUGACGCUGGGGCUGGUGACCUCUGUGCUGGUGGGUGUGUGGGUAAAGGCCUUGGCCAUGGCUUCUGUGCCAGUGUUGGGAAGGGUCUCCAGGGAGGAGGGAGCUCCCAGCGUCCCCCCAGGCUGCUCACUCCAAUGGAGCCGCAAUGCCUACUGCCAGCUUUUCGUGGUGGUCUUUGCUGUCCUUUACUUCCUGGUGCCCCUGCUCCUCAUCCUUGUGGUCUACUGCAGCAUGUUCCGGGUGGCCCGCGUGGCUGCCAUGCAGCACGGACCGCUGCCCACGUGGAUGGAGACGCCCCGGCAACGCUCUGAGUCUCUCAGCAGCCGCUCCACAAUGGUCACCAGCUCGGGGGCCCACCAGACCACCCCGCACCGGACGUUUGGGGGCGGGAAGGCCGCAGUGGUCCUCCUGGCCGUGGGGGGGCAGUUCCUGCUCUGCUGGCUGCCCUACUUUUCUUUUCACCUCUACGUGGCCCUGAGUGCUCAGCCCAUUUCGACCGGGCAGGUGGAGAAUGUAGUGACUUGGAUUGGCUACUUCUGCUUCACUUCCAACCCUUUCUUCUAUGGGUGUCUCAAUCGGCAGAUCCGGGGGGAACUCAGCAAGCAGUUUGUCUGCUUCUUCAAGCAGGCUCCAGAGGAAGAGCUGAGGCUGCCUAGCCGGGAGGGCUCCAUUGAGGAGAACUUUCUGCAGUUCCUUCAGGGGACUGGCUGUCCCACAGAGUCCUGGGUUUCCCGACCCUUACCCAGCCCCAAGCAGGAGCCAGCUGCUGUUGACUUUCGAAUUCCAGGCCAGAUAGCUGAGGAGACCUCUGAGUUCCUGGAGCAACGACUCACCAGCGACAUCAUCAUGUCAGACAGCUACCUCCGUCCUGCCCCCUCCCCUCGACCUGAAUCAUGAUGGGCUGCUGGACACUUGGAGGGAGAUGGGGCUGGAGGGUGGUUAGGACUGCAAGGAACACCUUGUGGGAUCACCUUUGCCCGGCUAGCUGGGGCUGGGGCUGGGGUCUCUGCACACAGCUUUUGCUUGGUGUUUUCUGGGUCAGGAACAGAGCCAACAGGAUGGACAUGUGGCAAAAGCCUUGGACAUGGCUAUGAUCCUUGACUACUGGGGGAGGGAACCUGGUGAUGAGAGUAAAGGUCACGAAGGUGAGAUGAUGCUUUUCAACCAGCUAAGUUUCCAUGCCUCAGGAAGCAGGGAAACUCUCUAAGGGUAGGAGGUGGAGGAUACAGGGCAGCAGUCCAGGUUUCGAGUUAUUCUGGGGACGCUUUAGGAGAUUUCAUUUUUCAGUGUAAUUGUUCAGGACAGUAAUUGCGCCCAAGCAAGGUAAGAAAAUGACCCAUGUCUUUACAUCUCUUUGCAAAAACUAAAUUCCUUAUAAAGAGCUAAAUUACUGCCAAGUGUUUCCAUUUGAAUUAAUAGCUCUUUAUCUAGCUUUAGACCUGAGGUUUCCUUAAAGUGUGAGGACCAGCAGGGUACAUUCUUUUCCUGUUUGUCCAGAAGCAAUGGGAAAUAUCAAUCAGGGUACAGAGAGCAGAAGACAGGAAAGCUGACUGCAGCUCUCUCUCACCCCCAGUAACAGCCCUUCUGUUCUAUUUCUCUGUCUCUCUCCUGUACUUGGGAGAUCGGGCUUGGGGCUUGGUCUCCACAGAGGCAUGAAUAAGACAGGGUGGCUCUUUCUUCUUGUCUUUUAGGAUGAAGAAGUGGAAAGGUUGGGGGUUGGAUGGUUGAAGGUGGGGGGUUAGCAUUUGAAUUGCUAAGGCUGUUGGGUACAGAGAGGCCAGGCAAUCACCCUGACCAAUAAUACUGUAUUUUUUUUUUCUUUCUAGGACUGGCUUCCCUGAUCUCUCUCCUCAUGACAGUGACCCACCUCCAGCCCCCUGGACAAUCGGGUACAAAGACUAAGGUUGGGAAUGGGUAGGGUGGGGUUUCCAUGGUCCAUUAAAUGCCUCCCUACUCCCAUUCAUCGCUCUCAAAAUUAGCUUCAGUGACAAAGACUUAAAUUUCUCUCCUAUCUGCAGCCCUGGGUUGGAGAGGGCACAGGAGUGGGGCCCAGCUGUUCACUGAUAGAGACUAUAGGAGCUGCAUUGGUUGGUAUUGAUGGUGGUAUUUUUGAAGGGAGGGGAGAUAACUGCAAACUGGAUAGGACAUCCAUUUGUGACUACUUGUCCAUCCACUUCCCUCAAUUGAAUCAGGUAACAUUAAAGGGUCAAGGGAGUACCAGAGGGUGGUGUGGUCUGUAUUUGAACAAAUUCCUGGCUCACUGAGCAUCAAAGGAGAAUAUGGCCUGGUGGGAGUGGUUUAGUUUCCCCUUUGAACAGCCAAUAAAUAAUUUUUAUCAUAAAAGUUA